AAUUAUUUGAGAUAAGUGCCAAGCCAAGGGAGAGAGAUACUCCAGUGAUAUAAAUUGAGGGUGAAUAUCGUCUGCGUUGCGUUAAUCUGCAUACAGACUCCAUUCAUAAAAUCUCAAGAUGAUUCAAAGACUUUCGUUCAUCAUUAUUUUGAGCAUCAUAAGCAGAGCAGCUUUAGCGAAUGAAUGCUCCGAUGCUGGCCUUGCAACAGUAGAUGGAUUUCUGCCACACAAAACCGAGUGCUCAAAAUAUAUUAGCUGCUAUAAAGGCCAAGCGUAUGAAGUGUCCUGUCCCGCUGGAUUCAACUUUAACCCGGAUCUGAAGAAGUGCGACCCCAAAUACGUAUGCGUUGUGAACAACUGCCCGUCAACCGGGAUCGUCAAGUUACCGGUAAAUGGAUCUUGCACACAAUACACCCUUUGCAUUGGGGGCGUACAAUACCCUAAGGAAUGCCAAAUCGACUUGGCUUUCGACUCGGCCACGGGAAAUUGCGUGCCGGCUGCGGAACUUCAAUGCAUGCAAAACCAGUGCGAUCCUGCAGCUGUGCCUCCGCAGUUCUACAUAAACUCAUUCGAUUGUAUGAAGUAUUAUAUCUGCGAUGAAAAGUACGAACCGAUUGAGUUCCAAUGCGCGAAUGGUACUAUUUUUGAUGCAACGGUCAAUAAAUGUAUUUUGGGAGCUGCCUGCCCUGCUGCUUAAAUUUGAUUUAUUGAACUUGAAUCUGUUACCCAUUUUACUAUAGGUGUCGCAAUGAAAUAAAAUUUAGUGAGUGUUUCGCUAGAAAAGGUUGAA